GAACCAGUCCUUUAUAGCGAUGGUAGCUAACAAUUGAAAUUAUUUGUGAAGCUAAUAAAUAAUUAUCUUAUGAUAUUUUGAUUAAAAAAAAAUUUAUAUACUUCAAAAAUAUUUGGAAUUUUCGUUUAAAAUGAAAAAAAAAUGUUACUUUUUUUUCAGUGGUUAAGGGUAGUGUAUCUGCAAAGGCCAACAGUGAGAGUGAUUUAUGAUAGGAGCACAGGUCGUAGCUGCUUUUGAAAUUUUAGAAAUCCUCUUAGGUCUCUUUUUGGCCUGUACAAACAUUUGGCCUGGAUUUCUUUGAAACCCGACAUUUGGUCGUUGACCAAACUAUUUGUGUAGUUACUGCUUAUCAGUAAUUUUGUAAAAGUACAGACGCAGCAAGAAAUAUAAAAUUUCAGCGUCUGUACUUUUCUUUAAACAUUUGCUUCAUAGAUAGAAUUCUCUGAAAAGACAUCUUUUGCCAAUUUUAACCUAAAAAUCUAGUAGAAAUUUGUCGAUGCCAUGCAACUCCACACUAUGAAUUUUACUGUUGAAUGUACAUUUUGAAUCCUUACUUCUGUAUUUGUUCUUUCCCAUGUAUAAUAUUGAUCAUGUGAACUGAAAAUAUUAAAUUUAGAUUCACCGGAAAAUAUUAUUUUGUCGCAAAAAAUAUUAUCUUUAGUUACGUACGUUUUUGCAAAAGUUAGUUUCUUUUUUUGAUUUUGCUUAUUAAUCUCCUUUUUCCAUUUCGUAAAUGAUAAUUUUUUCUUCUCCUUCAGUCAAUUUUCUUCUUAAGCGAGCUUUGUACACAAUUGUUCCUUGUUUUCAAUUUUCUCAUGAUAUACCGCGGAUUUGCUUCUGUUAAAAAUGUUUUGUAAUCUUGUUGUAUAAUUUCCUAUUCUUAUGCAGCCGAAGAAUCGUUUCUCAUUCAUACUUCUGACUAUCUCGUAUUCAUUUUGAAUAUUAUACUGCACAAUAUUACGUUGUUGUUAGUAGAACGAUACCUUGAUAUCAACUGAAGAUGAUGCUUCCAUUUAAUGUCAACGUUCGCAUUCUUGGUAAAAUCUGUUAAAAUGUAUAAAAAGAAUCAAAGAUGUUACAGCAUUCGACUACUUUUGUGAGCUACUAAUGAUAUGUAUGUAUGUAAUAAAUUUAUUAUACGUAUUAUAGCCUAAGUUAAUGAGUCACUUUCAAAUUUUGUUGACAUAUUUAGAUAUUCCAUCUCUGUUAUAUACGCCGUAUCGUUUUAAAUUCAAAAUAUACAUAUUUCGUUCGUUUAAGCGUCCGAAUAUUUUUACUAGCCAUUGUACAUGAAAGUAUUCAUAUUACAUGGUAAUAAUAUUAGAUAAAAAAAAAUUGUCGAAAUUUACAACGUAAGUUUCGUUAAAAUCACGUUAUAACAAAUUUUAAUGGUUUACUGGAAAACAUCAAUCUUCAAGAGGAUGGUGAAUUUAGUUAGGAAAAUAUUUUCUAUGAUUGCUGUAUGUAAAACGAAAUAUGUUUAAUCAGGAAGGAAUAGAAUAGCCAGGUCAAAUGAUCUGGGUAUUCGUCGUGCUAGGAUGAAUACACGGUAUAUACAAAAUAUAAACGCUUAAUUUUCGGCGUACUUGUCGAUGGCCUUGAGUUAUUGUUUACGCGUAGGUCAGUGCAGGCCAGGAACCUCGACGUUGUACCAUCAAUAAAUCAUGGUCAGCUUUUAAGAAGGGUUUCCCUUUGCAAAAGAUUUUCUAAGAAACACAUUUUCUAGUAACUUUCUAGUCGGACGUCCUCGACGGAAUACGAAAUAAAACUUUCUUAACUCGAAAAAAAAUUUUAACAACUCGAAAGUCCUUUUUCUUUUUCUGUCUAUAGUUCGAUUUACAUGAUGGAUUUACAUGAUGGAUUACAUGAUUUAUUUCAUGGAAGAUAAUAUAUACGCUGAUUAUAAAUAUUCAUAAUAAUAUAUAUAUAUACACUGAUUCGUAUGUAUUUUUCGACGCCGAAUACAAACGUGUAAUUUGUUUCCUCAUAUCCACCCUUGGAUCAAAUCAAUUUUUCAAGAACAUUGGAAUUCGAUAUAAAAAAUGCUAUUAAAAUUGUACAUUAAACCUUUUUGAAUUAAAAAAAAAAGUGAAAUGCUUGUAUAUAGUGUACUUUACAACUCCCAUAAAUAUUUAGACAUUCUCAUAAAUAUUAUUAAGAAUUAUUAAGAAAGUAAUAAAAUUAAUCACUUCAAGUAAUAGAAUUAAUCAUUUCACAUUGUUUCUCAUUUGUUUUUUUUCGCUGUAUAGAACCAUUUAGACUCAUCACGCGAUUUUAGAACGUUCAGAAGCAAAAACAAAGACGAUACGAUAACCGAUCGAAUAACAAAUGAUGCUUAUGUGAUGAGUUGCUGCUUUUAAGAUUUAUCUCUUGUACCUUCAUAAUUGUUUUUAGCCGCGAUACGCAUCAUUUUUUCUAUGUUGGUUAUGUUCUAUUUGGUAGAGAAAGAAAUGACCUUGGUUCCGAAAAGAACUACUUAGUACUAAAAUUUGGAGGGGGACAAGGGCAAUCCUAAAUAUAAAAUUUCCAAAUAUUUAUUGAUCUCCGAGAUAUUAAUAACUUAAUAUAACUUUCGAUACAGUAUAUAACUCUGCGUACACAGUACUUUAAAUGACUGAGCCCAAUUUCACAAAAAUCUAAAAUUUGUGACUAAUCACAAAUAUAAUUAUUUCAGCUUCCACCACGUUUCAUUUAAACUCUCAAAUAAUAAAUAGCUUUAUAUUUAGUUGUAUAGCGGUUAAUUAAAUAAAAAUUUAUUGUCCGUGCAUCCCUAAGCAACAUUUAUGACUCAAAUAAACUCUUAAUAUGAUAUAUAUACCAAGAUAUGUAUUUCUAAUGGAAUUUUCAUGAAAUUGGUGCUUUUAAUUUAUGUUAAAUAAACAAUGAAAUUUUUUUACUAUCGUGAUACUAAUACGUAUCUGAUAAUAUUAAUAAAAUAUCGGAUGACUAUCUGCUUACAUGGUUAGCUUACCUAAUAGAACUCUAACAAACAGCUGAUUAAAUUGCAUAGUCAGGGUAUAAAAAUUAUGAUAAGAUUCAUUGUGAGGACUCACAUCUCUUGCCCUUUGUCCUUAUGAAUUAUAAAUACUUAUAAAAAUACAGAAAUGUUCUCAUUGAGUUCUAUAUACAACAAUAAUUGGUAAUAGAUGAAAUAUUUGGAUAAAAUAAAUUUGUGUCCUCCUGAAAUCCAACAAAAGUUUUACAGCACUUAAUAUUUUCAUUAUGAGAAAAUACAAGCGUAAUUCUUAGUUGAUGAAUAAUAGAAUUUACAUAUGUAUACAAUUUGUCAUAGUCAGUGUAUUAACUAUGAUAAAAUAGUCAAAACUUUAACAACUUAUUUAUAUAAUGUAAGUAAAUAAGAAACAUAAAUAUUGUGACGACAUGAUCAAUUGAUUUAAACCUGUAUACAAAAUAAUUUUAAAAUUCUAAUUUUAAAUAAUUUUUAGUUAAUUAAACAUUGUUUUCAAUAAUGUAUGAAAUAGAGAUCAUUUAUAUUAAAAACCACGUCAUAUGUACUAAUAGCUUUAGAAUUUUAAUGCAUUACGUGCCAAAAAUCAUCGUGAAUAUGGAUACUUUUAAUACGCAGUAGACUGAUUUCAGUUACUAGUCUCACGUUUCGGCACUGGAAAUUUGACAAUAAAUAGAAAUAUCAUGUUUCUAGUGUAUUCACGGUCAACUUCAAUUGAUUUACUUGGUCUAUUUUCCCGAUUGUUUGCUCUUCAAACGUAAAGUACGUUAAACAACUUUUUACUAUGUCGGUACUUCACAACAUUUGAUGUCAGAUCCCACAAGAUGCAACGUUCGUUCAUUUAAUCUCGUUUGCGGUAUCAUAAGAAAAAAAGAAUUUGGAAAAAUUUAAUAAAUUUAAUUUUUCAUGUUUUCUUAAAAUAAAAGACAAUAUAUCCGCAGAAACAGCGGAACUACGAUAGUAGUUAAGAAAGUGUCGAUCAAGGCGGCGUUAAAAUACCUUUGGUGUGUUUAUAAUAGAGCUGCAAUUAAAGCUGAGAGAGCAUCUAUUAGAGUAAGCCGUUCUACUGGAAGUUACUCUACAGACGUAACUAUAAUUGGCACUAAGGAAGCACAGAAUCAAGCAAAAACGUUAAUAGACGAGUUAUUGAAAGAAACUCCUGUUAUUUUAACAGAAUCACUUCAAGAUUUAAAAGUUGAACAAGAAGACAAAAAUGAUGAACCAGAAAUUGAUUUUACUAACUUUAAUUGGACUCUAGCUCACAAGAAAGCUCUUGAAUAUGAAAAACAAAAAUGGGCAAAGGCUACUCCUAUAAUUAAGAAUUUUUAUAAAGAAGAUCCGACAGUUGCUAAUUUGACACCAGAGCAAGUUGCUCAUAUUCGUCAAAUAAACAAUAAUAUAGAAGUAAAAUAUGUGUUUGAAGACAAGGAGGAGAAUGGUUGUGGACAUAUACCAAAUCCUAUAGAGGCGUUUGAACAAGCCUUUGGUGAUUACCCAGAAGUAUUAGAGGAAAUUAGAAAACAAAACUUUACUAAACCAAGUCCAAUACAGUGUCAAGCUUGGCCUAUACUUCUUAGUGGUAGAGAUCUUAUUGGAAUUGCCCAAACCGGCACAGGGAAAACUUUAGCAUUUCUACUGCCAGCAUUGAUUCAUAUUGAGGGUCAACUGACACCUAGAUCAGAACGAAAAGGUCCUAAUGUUCUUGUUAUGGCACCUACGAGAGAACUGGCGUUACAAAUUGAAAAGGAAGUAAAUAAAUAUUCUUAUCAUGGAAUAAAGGCGGUAUGUGUAUAUGGAGGUGGAAGUCGCAAGAAACAAGUCGAUGUGGUAACAGAGGGUGUAGAAAUAGUUAUUGCAACACCUGGUAGAAUGAAUGAUCUUGUACAUGCGAAGGUUUUAAAUGUUUCUUCUGUUACGUAUCUUGUCUUGGAUGAAGCUGAUCGUAUGUUAGAUAUGGGAUUUGAACCCCAGAUAAGAAAAACUUUAUUAGAUGUAAGACCAGAUAGACAAACAGUCAUGACAAGUGCUACAUGGCCUCAAGGUGUACGACGUUUAGCACAAUCGUAUAUGAAGAAUCCAAUUCAAGUAUUUGUUGGAUCUCUUGAUCUAGCUACGGUGCAUACAGUAACACAGACAGUUUAUAUUAUUGAAGAAGAGGAAAAAACUGAUAUGAUGUAUCAAUUUUUCCGCAAUAUGAGUCCUACUGAUAAAGUAAUAGUAUUUUUCGGAAAGAAAGUUAAGGUUGACGACGUAGCGAGUAACUUGGCAUUACAAUUAGUUGAUGUUCAAAGUAUACACGGUGGACGGGAACAAAGUGACAGAGAACAAGCUCUAGACGAUUUGAAACAGGGUAUAGUUCAAAUACUACUAGCGACGGAUGUUGCUAGCAGAGGAAUAGACAUUGAAGACAUUACGCAUGUCUUGAAUUUUGACUUCCCUCGUGAUAUUGAGGAAUACGUUCACCGUGUUGGACGUACUGGACGAGCAGGGCGUACAGGAGAAAGUAUAACUUUCAUGACGCGAAAGGAUUGGUCCCAUGCAAAAGAACUAAUUAACAUUUUAGAAGAGGCGAAUCAACAAGUACCUGAUGAAUUAUACCAGAUGGCCGAAAGAUAUGAAGCAUGGAAACAGAAACGAGCGAAUGAAAAGCAUUUUUCUCGUCCAAGGAGAGGAAUUGGUGGUGGUAGAAGAUGGUAGAUGAUACACAAAUUUAUAUUCCUAUUCUAAGUUAAGUUAUAAAAAUUUACAUACAGUGUAUAAUAAAUUACACAUUGCAAUUUAUUGCACAUUACAAUAUGUAAUAGAUUACAUACAAUGUAAUCUAAAUAUGAAGUUGUAUUUAUUUUUUUUCUACGGAAUACAAAUACAUUGAUAUAAAAAUUAUUUCAAAGUAAUUUAAAACAAUUUUUAUAAAGUCAUAUUGUUUAUAUUUUGAAUAUAAAUAAAAUAUAAAUAUGAACUAUACAUA